CCGUGUACAUGGGAUGGCGUGCUUUCCAACCGGAACCCUGGCCUCUUUCGUUUUCACUCAUGCUACACAGAAAUGGCGGAGAAUACAGUGACGGUCACUGUUGCUUACGGUUCUACGAAGCACAGCAUCAUGGUAACGGGGCUGGACGGGAACGAACCGAUACUGAAGGACCUUUCUGAUGCUCUGGUUCAGGUUACCGGGGUCCCGAUGCCUGCACAGAAACUCAUCUUUAAAGGGAAGUCACUGAAGGAGAUGGAGGAGAGUCUGUCCAGCUUUGGAAUCAAACAGGGAUGUAAACUCAUGAUGAUUGGAAAGAGGAACAGCCCAGAGGAGGAGUCUGAGCUGAAGAAGUUGAAGGACAUUGAGAAGUCAGUAGAACAGACGGCUAAGAAACUGGAGAAGGUGGAUGGAGAGCUGACAGGCCUGAAGAAUGGGUUCCUAGCUAAAGACCUGCAGGCUGAGGCACUGGGGAGACUGGACCAACGAGUGAAGGUGGCAUCUGAACAGUUCAUGAAGAUUCUAGAGCAGGUGGACUCUAUGACUUUACCAGAGAACUUUGGUGACUGUCGGAUGAAGAAAAAGGGUCUAGUAAAAACAGUUCAGGGAUUCCUGGCUCAGUGUGACAAGAUUGAAGCAGGGAUUUUAGACCACUUGGCUAAGAUCCAGUCUAAGAACCUGGCCCUGGCAGAUUCUUAGAUCUACUACUUCACAGAGAUCUACUGGGUCACCAUCUGGGAUCUGCCGUCAUGUCCAUCUCUACGCUGCUCCACAUCUCUGUCCCUGCCCUGGUCUCCACGCUGCUCCACAUCUCUGUCCCUGCCCUGGUCUCCAUGCUGCUCCAUAUCUCUGUCCCUGCCCUGGUCUCCACGCUGCUCCACAUCUCUGUCCCUGCCCUGGUCUCCACGCUGCUCCACAUCUCCGUCCCUGCCCUGGUCUCCACGCUGCUCCACAUCUCUGUCCCUGCCCUGGUCUCCACGCUGCUCCACAUCUCCGUCCCUGCCCUGGUCUCCACGCUGCUCCACAUCUCUGUCCCUGCCCUGGUCUCCACUGAGUCACCAUCUGGGAUCUGGGGAAAUCCAUGUGAUUUCGAUGACCUCGAUGAUAGGAUCCCUUAUGAUUUGAACAAUGCCUUCCAUACGUAGU